GGUGGCCGCGCCGCCGGUAUAAAUAGCGGCCUGCGACGGAGCACGCCAUCCUCUGCGCAGACCCGGGCAGCAGACCUCCACCAACGCCUUCUCCUCCACCAGCAUGCUGUUCUCUCAGAUCGUCGCCCUGUCUCUGGUGUGCCUGACGGCCGCGGCACCUCAGUUCCGCCAGGCACCAGGCGCACCAAACGAGCCCAUCCCCAUACUGAGCCAGGAGCAGGAGGUCAACUUCGAUGGCUCCUACAAAUACAGUUUCGAGACGGGCAAUGGCAUCGUCCAGGAGGAGCAGGGCUUCCUGAAGAACGCCGGCAACCCUGAGGCUGAAGCGCAGGUGGCGCAGGGGUCCGCGUCGUACACGUCGCCGGAGGGCGUGCAGAUCCGGCUGGUGUACACGGCUGACGAGAACGGCUUCGUACCGCAGGGCGAGCACCUGCCCACGCCGCCUCCCAUCCCUCCGGCGAUCCAGCGCGCCCUCGAGUACCUCGCCACCCUCCCGCCUCAGCCCGACGAGCAGGGAGGGCAGCCACAGCCAGGAGUCUUCCGUGCCCCCGCGCGCCGAUUCUAGGUCCUCCGUCAAUCCAGCCCCACCCCUCCGAAAUAUCGUAUGAGGCCGCGGUCUCCUACAGGCGAUGAUCCCUGUGCGGUGAUCGGGGAUUCAUUUAACUGACCAAUCAAACCACAGCCGUCGUAGUGGCGAACCGAAACUGAAUGUCAGACCUGGGACUUUAAACUGAAACAGAUGAUACUGCGGUCUGGCACCCAGUUUCCUUGCGGCACUAAGUGUUGCCUACACUUCACGUGUUUGUGACGAGUCGAAAGAUUCCGCUUUAAACGGAGUGUCUCCAAAUACGUAAAAUGUAACGAGUUGCACAACGUUCAUCUGAGAAUACUGAUUCUGUUACAUUCGACUGAUCUAAAUGCACUAAACUAUACCGAAAUUUCACGUAGUGUGAGGAUUAUCUGAAGAAGAUGUUAGAAUGUAGUGUAAAGCCACGAGUAAAAUGUAAAGACUUUACUUCAAAGCGCAGACUGUAACAGUGAAAGCUGGAAGGUAGUGCUUGCUGAUAACUAAAUGGAGAUGUGUCUUCUGGGGACCAAAUCAUACAGUAAAAGCUGGUAGCACCGGGGUAGUAUAUUGAUCUUUUAGAUUAAUUUGUCAGAAUAGAGAUAUUCGCUUUCCAGUCAAAGCUAGCAUCAGUCUUCGUAACAUUCAGGCAAAAGUACUUCACCUAAAAGGUAGUUUAUUAUUAUACAACAAUAUCUCUCAAUUUGCUAGAACUUCCGUAAACUCUUCGAACGUCCCAAGAGGUUUCUGAAGCCUUCAUUUUGCAAUGAGAUUCAAAAUAAUGUGCAGCACUAAAUAGGAAUAGAAAGUUGUAAAUUGAAGAUGGAUGUUAAAAUCGUUCGAUAUGUAUUAAUAUUAGGUGUUGAAGCUAAUAAAGUUUCUUUAGUUUUAUUUCGCCUACGAUAUGUGACUAACACGUUCGUGAAGUAGGAGAUUUUUGCUAAGGGAGUAAUUCUAUGUGCCAUAUUAAAAUAUUGUAAGUGGACUUAAAAAUCCAUUACUCGAUUUUUAUUCGACAGGCUUUCUUAAGCCGAUGGAUGUUUCAACAUCUCGUUUUUCCAGGCAAUAUGCCGAUGUCCUUGGUAGAGCACAGAUUCAGUUCAAGACUGAUUAAAUGUAUGCGGAUACGGUAUAGAUUAGUGGCUGUUUGCUGUUUAGAACAUUAACGUGUCUUUACGAGUACGGUAUUUAUCGAUACUAAAGCUUUACGUUAGAAGACGAAUUAUGUAAGAUAAAUGAAAUACACGGUAUUGUUGGAGUAACCUAGUUAUAGAUACAUCCGCGAUCAGCUGUGGAAUUAACAUACAACUGAAAUUUCGGUAACUGAAAAUUUUCCUCUUAUGUUCGCUCACUACAGCUUUGAGAUAAUUCAUUUACCUUUCUUAUCUAAAUAGUAUGGUAAAUAAUUGUAUUUUUGUUGUAUUACCGACGAGAUUUCUAAAUAAAUAAUUUUAUAUAAAA